AUGCAAGAUCACGGUCAAUCGCCUCGCAGAACCACGAUAAGCGAUGCCAGAGUGCCUUCGACUGGCGACGACGCCGCUGCAAAGGAUGAGUCGAAGAUACCGCGCCCGGCGAGUCUGCAGAUUCCAGCCCCGUCCUCUGCGUUGACAAAUAAGAACCUGCAAACGCCCCCAAAACCGCCGACACCCAUUUCCACGUCCAAGGCGCCGCCCCCGCUGCCCAGCACCCCGGCGCCAAAAACAAGUUCAGGAACCACGCCGAAUCGAUCGCGAGAGGUUUCGGCACAGCCGCCCGCAUCCUCGCCGCCAUCCACAGGCGGAGCCUUGAAACCCGCGACAACAACAACAACAACAACAACAACAGCUGCGGCAGAACCACCCAAGUCCGCAAUACCAGUACGUGCACCAACCUCGUUGGCGACCUUGCGUACCAAACCAGUGCGAAAGGCCCUCAUCACAGAUGUUGUAAAACCGGGCGGGUCAUCCAAAGGCGGUGCUACGGGGAAAGACUACGUCUAUCAUGUACAAGUUUUCUACGUCUCCGUGCCGGAUGAUCAAACAACGACCAUCCGGCAGACAUACGAGGACUUCUUCGACUUGCAUAUGCAGCUUAUAGGCCAUUUUCCGGAAGAAGCUGGUGUCCGAGUCGCGCCUAUGCGGUCGAGGGGUGACUCGACAUCGGAAGUUGAGGCGAUGCCAGGGGGAUGGUCGGAGGGUCCGAAAAGGAUCAUUCCUGAGCUUCCAGGACAAAUGAUGUUUGUGAGUGAAGCGGCGGCAAAGGGGCGGAUGGCACAGCUACAAAGCUACAUCCAGGCGAUAUUGGCUCUCCCACCCAAGAUCUCGCGAUCACCUGUGACUCUCGCUUUCUUUAGAAACGAUGGGAAAAACGCAUUAUUAGCAUGCGCGAAUGUUGCCAAUGGAUCCACGGACUCUCUCCCACUGGAGACGAACUGA